GUAAACAUUGGCGGACGUCGGGGCCGAAGAGAUUACUGUUUACUUACAUGUAGAAACUAGAAAUGUAUAAUAAUAAUAUUAUUACUAUUUCUCGCAGAGACUGAUAAAAACGAAAUACCUACGCGAAAAGAAAUUUCUUAAACAAUAAAACCGUCGGAAUUCCGUCACCGCGCACGUCUUCUCCGAUUGUUUUCGUUCUCGGCGAAAAUGCACAAAAACAAUAACGUCGCGUAACCAGACGCCGCCGAUGUGCUCCAUUCUUCACAGUUGUACGCGUACAUCGUCCACAAUUAUAGUAUUAAUAUCAUCGUGACAGUAGUAUUGGAGACGUCACUGUGCUCUGGGUUUGAGAGCAGGCACGCCUAAAACAUGGACGACCUAGAUGCAUUGCUCGCGGACCUGCAAAGCACAAUACAGCAGACCAACAAAUUAAACAGUGGCGUCAACGGAGGAUACGGAAGUAUUAAUGGUGGAGUUCGCACUCGAUUGGCUUCUGCUGGUUCACCGGUUGCACUAGCACCAGAAUAUGCCACGGUCCGAUCUCACAAGAUUGAAAGGUCAACUUCAAACCCUGCGGUUCGGCAAGAAUUAUCGCCAACACAACCUAGAAACGAAUUUAAAUCAUCAAAAAUGACAUCUUCAUUGAAUAAUAAUCUUUCGGAACUUGACACACUACUUCAAGAUCUUAGCAAUUCACGCUAUGCUGAUAAAAAAUUGGUUAAUGGAGAUUCUUAUUCCAUUCCAACGAAAACAAUAAAUAUUUCAACACGUCCAUCAGUGGAUUCUCUUUUAGAUGAGUUGGACACAUCACUAUCUUCAAAAAGUAACAAUGGACAAUUGAUUUCAAAGAUGAUGAUGGAAGAAACCACAACCACAACUACUCGUACUGUUUGUCCUACUGCUUCUUCAGCUACUCGAGAAUUAGAUGAUUUAAUGGCUUCGUUAUCAGAUUUUAAAGUGUCCAGUCCGGUGCGGGCUAGCUACGCAACCGAAUCGGUAGACUCGGCGGCGCCACGUUUAGACUGCAUGCUCGGCAGCCUCACGGCCGAGAUGAACAGACAGGGCGUGAACACGACGCAGAAGGGAUGCUGCACUGCAUGCGACAAGGCCAUCGUCGGGCAGGUGAUCACGGCGUUGGGCAAAACCUGGCACCCGGAACACUUCACGUGCAACCACUGUUCCCAGGAGUUGGGCACUCGCAAUUUUUUCGAACGCGAAGGCCGGCCGUACUGCGAACCGGACUACCACAACCUGUUCUCGCCCAGAUGCGCGUACUGCAACGGACCCAUACUCGACAAAUGUGUGACGGCCCUAGAGAAGACCUGGCACACGGAACACUUUUUCUGCGCCCAGUGCGGAAAACAGUUCGGCGAGGAAGGAUUCCACGAGCGCGAAGGUCGUCCAUAUUGCAAAGACGAUUACUUCGACAUGUUCGCGCCCAAGUGCGGAGGAUGCACCCGGCCCAUAAUGGAGAACUACGUGUCGGCCCUGUCCACUCAAUGGCAUUCCAGCUGCUUCGUCUGCCGGGACUGUCGUAUGCCUUUCGUCAGUGGCCAGUUCUUCGACCACGAGAGCCAGCCCUACUGCGAGACGCACUAUCACGCUAAGCGCGGGUCGCUGUGCGCCGGAUGCCACAAACCGAUCGCGGGCCGUUGCAUCACAGCCAUGUUCAAGAAGUUCCACCCGGAGCAUUUCGUGUGCGCCUUUUGCCUGAAACAGCUCAACAAGGGAACGUUUAAAGAACAAAACGAGAAACCGUACUGCCAUUCGUGUUUCGAGAAGCUGUUCGGGUAGACCGGCGCAGGCGAUGUUCGCCGAUGAUGUGACAACAAUUAAAUCGACGGUUGCGCGAUCGACCCCGUCAGGUCGAUAUGAUUAUUGUAUCGUACAACGAUUAUAUUAAAUUAUUAUAUAAUAUAACGAGGUACGAUCACGCCGCCGUUGGUUUUAUUCAGAGCAAUAGAUAAUAAUAUAAUAAGUGUAUUUUGUACAACCGACGAAUUUACCAGACCUCGAAAUAAGGCUCUCGGUUACUGUCAUUUAACCGCCUAUACCUAUAUUUUAUCAUAAUAAUAUUAUGUUUCCAACUCCGUCUUCCCUCACAAAAUAGCCAAUACCUUCACGCCUUAGGUAUAACAUAAUAAUAUUCUAUCCGUUUUUCUUUACUAACACAAUUUAUAUUUAUAUUAUUAUUAUUUUUUUUAAAUAAUUUUUAAUUCUUUACAAAAAAUAUUAUUUUCCAUAUUAGUUUUGUAUUGUUAUGUGUUUUUUAAUUAUUUUUUUGCAAUUAAUCUGCCUAUGAGCUGUAGGCAUUUUAUUUUACCCCAUUCCAAUUUUUAAAGUCACAACCACAACGUAUAAUAAAUAAUAAUAUAAUUAUACUGUAACACCAUUUCAGUAUCAUAAUUAAUAGUGGCAUUCCACAUUUGGAUUUGAAUGUCUUAAUAUUUUAAUGGUAAUUAUUGAUAUUUUGUAAAUUGACGAUAACAAUUUGAAAAUGUAAAAAGAUAUAUAUAUUUUAGAAAUGUAUUUUCAUUGUUAUUGUUUUCUUGGAAAUAGGAAUGUAUAUAAACUGUUUAUAAAUACUUUCUUUACUAUUUAGAAUUUGUGUUUUUUUUAUAACUUCGGCUCUAUAUAACAUAAUGUUAACGAUUAGUUGAUGGUAGGUAGCAAAAAAUAUUAAUUUCUAAUAUUAUUUGUUGUUUGAUCAUUAAUGCUAUGUAUUUGUGUCAUACUCUCAAACAGUAAAACGUGUCAUAAUGAUUUGAGCUUUAAAAAAAAUUAUUUCUUUCUUUAGUUGAACACCAAUAUUAAUAGUUUGCUUAAAUCCACUGUGAAAAAUUUACGAAUUCAGAUUAUUAAUUGUUUAACACUUUUAACAAACAAACACAAAAAAAUUAUACCUAUUUACUAUAAGUUUAUAAUAAAUAGUCAUUGUAAAAUUAAUUAAGACAUUAUGUUAUUAUUUAUUGUUGAAUAAUUAAAAAUAUUAUAUUAAACAUAAAGAACAAGGGUACUUUAAUAUCAAACAAAAAUUCAUCAUUAUUAUCAAUAUUAAAAAGGUGGGCAAGUGGGUGACGCUCUGCUGUAUUACAAGUGGUGUAAAGGAUGUUGUUAAAUUUGAAUCCAAUCAUAUAAUGUCAUUGUUUACAAAAUAUGAUUCAGAGUGGUGACGGUUUGUCAGUGUGGAUAUUUUAUAUUAUAUUUAUAUUGUUAUUGCUUAUUAUUAAUACGGUAGCCAGUAAGUUGAAAGUUGAAUUAAUAUUAUAAAAUUACGACUAUUUUAUUAAAAUAGGAAUUGAUAAAAUAAACAUAAUAUGAUAUAAAUUUCAA